UUUCCAAGUAGUGAAACAGGGCUGCAGGUGUCUCUCUGUCUCUCCUUCUCUAUCACCCCCUUCCCUCUCAAUUUCUGGUUGUCUCUAUAUUGUAACUAGAAAUUAAAUGGGGCUUUGGCUGCAGCACAUAAUGGAUUCAGCUAAGGGAUGGCUGAGAGUAGUUUUAAAGGAAUCAAGGUUUUAUUAGUGCUGUACAGAAAUAUGGGACAUUAUUUUAGAUAUUGCAAAAUAAGCAGUUGUCAUCAGGGGUUAAGAAUAUGCUGGGUCCAUAAAGUCCAUGAGUAGUUAUCAAAAGUUCAGUCCCACGAGAUAAACAAUUAUCAGCUGAGAUAUAGGUUACUCAUAGCUGUAGAGGAGUCUUAGAAUUUACCGGCUAGCUGAGCCACACGUGUUCAGUUCCCAGGAGAAGUAGCCAUGGCGGACAUCUUGAGCAUCUCAGCCAAGAUCCGUCUGAUUAGGAGAAGCAGCAGUAGCCAAAGAGAGUGGGCUUCUGGAUGGCUGUGUUUUUUGAGUCUGUUAAGUCCACCCAUAAUGCUUUGUGCAUUUGCACUGACCAGAUCCACCCACAGUUUAUUGUGCGUUCACUCAGAUCACUGUAUGCUCUGUCACCAAGGCUGACGUCAGUGCUGUGCCUGACUUUCUAUAGUCGACUGGUAUACUGCAUCACAACAUCUCUAUCCAAUAAAUAAAUAAAGAUAAUUAAAAAAAUUUAUAUAAAAAGAGAGAAUGUAGGGGAGUUUGGGAGAAGGACAAGUACAGAGUUUCUGUUGGGGGUAAUGUCAGAAUUUUGAUUCAUAUUUCAAGAAAGUGUCCUCUUGACUGCUUAUGAGCUGUGGAUUAGGAGGACUGGAGAGACAUCUUUUCAGGUUUGAGAAACAAUAUACACCAAAGAGUUGAUGAUGGAGACAGAAAAAAAUGCCUUUGAAAUUGGAACAAGCCAGAUUUAUUGAUGUGGAAAGAGAAGGAGAGAAUAAUUUAAGAAGACUCCUACAUCUUUACUUUGAUCAUAUGUGUGGUUAAUGAUGCCUUUCAGUGAGAUAGGGAAGGAAAGGAGCAAAACAAAUCCUGUAGGGUAAAUUAAACCAUGACAGAAUGUCCUUUGGUAUCACUAGAUUGAUAAUAAUAACAAUGAUGAUAACAACAAUAAUAAUAAGCUAAGACUAGGAGCUAGAUGGUAGUACUCAGUUGAGAAUACAUGCUACUGUGUGCAAGCCCCUGAUCCUCACCUAAGGGGGGAAGAUUCAUAAGUGGUGAAAUAGUGCUGCAGAUGUCUCUCUCCCUUCUAUCUAUCUUCUCUUCCCUCUCAGUUUCUUUCUACAUUUUUCCAAUAAAUGAGUAAAUAAGCAAAAAAAGAAAAAAAAGUUUGGCCUAAAAAAAAAAAAAGAAACCCAAGGUUGAUAAAACACUAUAUAUUUUUCUUCCUUUCCUUUUGAAGACUGGCUGCUAAAUUUGUACAUUCAUAAUAUCCAUGAGCUCCUUUUAAAAAUAUUUUUAUUUAUUUAUUAUUGGAUAGAGACAGAGAGAAAUUGAGAGGGGAUGGGGAGAUAGAGAGGGAGAGAGACAGAAGACACUUGCAUCCCUGCUUUACCAAUUUGGGUAGCUUUCCCCCUGCAGGUGAGGACCAGGGACUUGAACCUAUGUCCUUGAGUAUUGCAAUGUGCACACUUAUCGAGGUGCACCACUGCCUGCUGUUCCCCCCCCCCCAUGAACUCUUUAUUCUUUUUUUUUUUUUUUUUUAGAGAAUUUAUUUAUUCAUGAGAAAGGAGGAAGGAGAGAGAGAAAAAAACAAAACAGACAUCACUCUGAUAUAUGUGCUUCCAGGGAUUGAACUCCAACUUGAGAUCCAACGCUUUAUUCACUGUGCCACCUCCCGGACCACUACUCCUUAUUCUCUUAUUCUUCAAAAUCUGUUACAAGAUAUUUGGUGACUUGGUGAACCUGUCACUACUUUCUUUCUUUCCAGAGAAGAGCCUAGUCUCGUGUGGUCUGGGCCUGGCCUAUAGCACCCAUAUGCAUUUGUACUGCAGUAGAAGACCUAACCUCAGUUGUGCUGGCUAACUUUUUAGCUCUGUUACAAUGCUUUCUUCCAUUGGUUUCAGCCCUUGCAGGGCUGCUUAGUUCUGUGGCUGACUGUGUCUGCAGUUCCUAUAGUUGCCGCGUGGGGCCGCUAUUAAAGUUUCAUAGGAUCCACAGACAGCUCACAAGACCCACUGUGUCUUGUGGCUGAGCUGGCACCGCCUCCAGCUGACAGCCCAGCUUCCUGGAGGCUCAGCCUCUAACUGUUACCAGCGCUGUUGACUGUUGAGAGUUGAAGGUCAAAGCAAAGAUUCCAGGCUUUCUGAGGCUUGAUCCCAAACUCCUGAAGGCUGGAGUAUCAGAGUCUGGGGCUGCUCCUUACUAUACUGUGCCUGAGUUUCUCUGUGUUCUUGCUCCUCCUUCCGAGCCCAAAGUAUGUGCAUCUGCUGACCCAGCUUGGCAUGAUCCAGGAGACGGUCUCCAGAAAUUAUUGGACCUUGACUAUGAUUAUUUCCUCUUUAAAAACAUCUGUAGCAGUUUUGGCCUUCAUUGGUCUACAUGUUAGUGCUCUGGAUAGUUUCAUAGCUGCGGUAUAUGAACAUACUGUCAUAUUGCCAAAUAAAACAGAAACACCUGUUUCUCAGGAUGAUGCACUGUUCCUCAUGAAUAAGAAUAUAGAUGUUCUGGAGAGAGCAAUUAAGCAAGCAGCUAAGCAGAAUGCUCAAAUCAUUGUAACUCCAGAAGAUUCUCUUUAUGGCUGGACAUUUACCAGAGAAACCAUUUUCCCUUAUCUGGAAGAUGUCCCAGAUCCUCAGGUCGACUGGAAUCCAUGUCAGGACCCCCACAGAUUUGGUCACACACCAGUACAAACAAGACUCAGCUGCCUGGCUAAGAACAACUCUAUCUACGUCUUGGCAAAUAUUGGGGACAAAAAGCCAUGCAAUUCUCACAAAUCCGUAUGUCCUCCUAAUGGUUAUUAUCAGUACAACACCAAUGUGGUAUAUGAUUCUGAGGGAAAGCUGGUGGCACGAUACCAUAAGUACCACCUCUAUUCUGAGCUUCAGUUUGAUGUCCCUGAAAAGCCAGAGUUAGUGACUUUCAACACCACGUUUGGAAGAUUUGGCAUUUUUACUUGCUUUGACAUACUCUUCCAUGAUCCUGCUGUUAACCUGGUGGAAGAUUUCCUUGUGGAUACCAUACUGCUUCCCACAGCUUGGAUGAAUGUUUUGCCCCUUUUAACAGCUAUUGAAUUCCAUUCUGCUUGGGCAAUGGGAAUGAGGGUUAAUCUUCUUGUGGCCAAUGCACAUAAUGUCAACUUAAAUAUGACAGGCAGUGGUAUCUAUGCCCCACAUGCUCCUAAAAUAUACCACUAUGAUAUGGAAACAGACUUGGGAAAGCUUCUUCUUUCCAAGGUGGACACACAUCCCCGGAUCUCUCCUGUCUACCCACCAGCUGUGAAUUGGCGUGCCUAUGCCACCUCCAUCAAUCCAUUCCCAGUACAGGACACUUUCAGGGGAUUUGUUUCACGGGAUGAGUUCAACUUCACAGAGCUUUUUGGAAAUUCAGGAAACAUUACUGUUUGCCAAAAAGAACUUUGCUGUCAUUUGAGUUACAGAAUGUUAGGAAAAGAGAAGAAUGAAGUAUAUGUUCUAGGAGCUUUCACAGGACUUCAUGGACGAAGGAAAAGCGAGUACUGGCAGGUAUGUGUAAUGUUGAAAUGCAGAACAAUGGACCUGACAACUUGUGGACAGUCAGUGGAAACUGCUUUGACGAGAUUUGAGAUGUUCUCCCUAAGCGGCACAUUUGGAACAGAGUAUGUUUUUCCCGAAGUGCUACAUACUAAAAUUCAUCUGUCACCAGGAAGAUUUGAGUGUCUGAAGGAUGGACGCUUGGUAAAUAAGAAUGGAUCAUUCGAGCCCAUCCUGACAGUGUCGCUGUUUGGAAGAUGGUACAUGAAGGACUCACUAUCCACCUCAGGUGAAAUCAGAAGUCCAACAGUGACUUACCUGUUAAUAUCCAUAUCAUUAAUAAUUGUAGUGUUGCCAAGUAUUGUGAUGGUAUAGGGUAUAUAUUUGUCAUAUUCACUUUGCAUCAUAUAUUUUGCUAACUAUGUUUAUCAGUUCAUUCAUUUUACCAAGCAAUCCCAAAGGGCUACCUCAGUAAUAUAGGCCAGUGAUUUAUAAAUAUAACCUUUUCUCAUCAUUUUUAAAAAAUUACUUUUUUUUGCCUCGAGGGUUAUUGCUGGGUGCCUGCACUAUGAAUCCACUGCCUUUGGAGGUUAUUUUUUCUCUUUUGUUGUUGUUUAUUGAUGUUGUUGUUAUUAUUAUUGUUGUUAUUGUUGUUAUUGUUGUCGUUGUUGUUGGAUAAGAUAGAGAGAGAAAUGGAAAGAGGAAGGGGAAACAGAGAGGGGGAGAGAAAGAUAGACACCUUCAGACCUUCACCACUUGUGAAGCUACUCCCCAGCAGAUGGGCUCAAACCAGGAUCCUUACCGCCAGUCCUUGUGCUUCGUACCACUUGCACUUAACCCGCUGUGCUGCUGCCCAGUCCCCUAAAAAUUAUUUUAGUGUAUGUGAGGGAAUGAUGAUUUACAGGACAGUUACCACUUGAGUACAGUUUCUUAUAUCUCCAUCCUAGGUGCUUGUUUGCACACCACACCUUCCAUUAGCUGAUAUCUCCCUCCAUCAUUGUUGACUGGGUCUCCAGACUUUCUCAUCCACUUUAGAAUCAACUUUGUUGCAGUAGACCACAGAUAGUCUAAGUUUUACCUUGCAUUUUUCUUUUCUUUGUUUCUUAAAUAGUUUGUACAUGCAUAGCAUUUCUCAGUUUUCCACUUAACAAUGCAACCCCCACUAGGUCCUCUGUCAUCCUUUUCCAGGACUUGUACUCUCUCCCUCCCCUCACCCACCCCAGAGUCUUUUACUUUGGUGCAAUACGCCAACUCCAGUUCAGGUUAGUAAGUCCAUUUCUAAUGUUUGAGGAAUCACCAUACUGUUUUCUUCAGGGGAUGAACCAAUUUAUAUUUCCACUCACAUCCACAGGGUAUAUUUCCACAGGGUAUAUUUCCACUCACAUCCUCUUCAGCACUUGUUUCUAUUCAUAGUUCCAAACUGCUCUACACCUAUGGGAUAAUUUAACAGGCAUGAAUUCCUCAACACAUCUAUCAAAACUGCUAAUGGUAACAUUUUUAAGGAUUGGGUUGUCUAUUUAAAAAAAAAUGUAUAUCUCAUGUUUCUUAAAAAUAGAAGUACAUUUAUUACUGGUCACUUAAUAUUAAAAGUCCUAAAGAAAUGACUGAAUUUUCAGACUUACAUAUGCAAAAUUAUUUUGAUGAAUAUGUUCACAAUAUGAAUAAAUAAGUUAAUAAAUCACAGCUGAGGCAUUCAUAUCUUGGUUUAUAUAUCAUUGUCUAUGUACUCCUUGGAGAUAAAAUUCUAAUUCUUUGUUAAAUCACAAUAAUAAAUUAGGUUAUUAUUAUAAUUUAGUAGUUAUUGUUAUGAUAAUGGAUAUGGAACUUAAGUCACAUUUUGUGUGUACUUUUGCAAAGAGCUGAUAUAUUCUCUAUUUUUAACAUAAUCACAUUAUACAAUGUACAUGUAUACAAAUUACUCAAAUCACAUGAUAAUAAAAAUUUUGCA